CCGUUUGCUCGAGCCUUGCCGCUCGAGCUCGGCGCCGGGCCGGCCCCGCCCCGGCGCCGGGGCCGGCCGCCGCGCGCCCCAGCAGCCGGCGGAUGGCCAAGGGCGUUAUCUCGGGGCGUUACGCUUCUCCUGGCCCUCCUGCUCCCGCAGGCGUUCCGGCACGUGCUCUACCCCCUCGUCCUGAAGGACUUGGUGUCGGCCCCCAGGGAUCUCGACAUCGGCAAGCUCGGCGUCCUCUCCUCGGAAGAGCUAGCGGCAGUCGUACGCGGGCAAGCGAGCCCUCGUCGUCGGCGGCACGCGGGGCGUCGGGAGGGGCCUGGCGCUGGCCCUCGCCGAGGCAGGCGCGCACGUGGCGGUCGUGGGGCGCUCCGAAGGGAGCGGCCUGUCCGUCCUCAGGGACCUCCGCAGAGCGGCGCCCGAGGCUCCGGAGGAUCGAAGAAGGAGAAACCAGGGGCCUUCUGCUACAUUCAGGGCGACCUGGGGACCACAGCCGGCUCGCACGCUCUGGUUCGGUCGUUGUCCAGCGACGCGGAGGCGAAGGGCAGGUUCGACUACCUGGCAGCCACGGCUGCUGUGUUUCCCGACUGGGGUUCCCCACUCAAGCAGGAGGACGGGCUGGACAAGGGCUUCUUCAUCGCCGUCGUGGGCCGUUUCAUCCUGUACGACAGCGUCGACAAGUUCAUGACCGUCGACCCCAAAGGGGGCCCGAGUCCACACGUCCGCGUCCUGAACGUGCUGGCCUCGGGCGGGAGGAUGAGCGGGCUGGACCGCGAGGUGGCCACUGGCGACUCGACGAGCACAAGCCUGUUUUCCAACAUGAUCACGUUCGCCGUGGGGAACGAGAUCAUGCAGAUGCUGCUCGAGCAGGGGAAGCUGGGGUCCAACUUCGGCACGACCCGUCUGUCGACCCACCCGGGCUUUCUGCAGACCGACCUCCACCGCGGCCAGGGCCUCCUCUUCGACCUGUUUGAGAGCCUGAUGGUGCUCGUGAACGGUAUCUCGGAGGUGACUGCGGGACAGCGGCAGGCGAGCAUCCUUGCAUCCACCAGGCUGCACGGCGGGGCGCUGAACUACGUAGACGACGUCAUGCAGGGCCGCAGCGCCAGCGCCGAGCUUCAGCACGAGUUCGAUCAGCACUCCGAUUGGCUGCGGCAGCUGAUAGAGCAGAAGCUCCGGUAG